CACCAGAAGAACAUUUAAAAACAUAGCUUUAUAAAAAUCUUUCCCAGCAGCCACUUGGAGUAUUUUUUUUUUCUUUGUGGAGCGGGGUCGUUUAUCUGAGGACUUGGGUUUUAUAUUUCACUCAGCUACCGUUGACUUUUGUCACACUGUUGUGUCAGUAUAAAAACCUACUUUACAAGUCUUUUUUUCGUCAGAAAAGAGGAUUACGCUUUGAAGAUGUCCGUGGCGGGCUUAAAGAAACAGUUUUACAAAGCUAGCCAGAUGGUGAGCGAGAAGGUUGGUGGUGCUGAGGGAACUAAACUGGACGAGGAGUUCAAGGACCUCGAGAGAAAAGUAGAUGUGACAAAUAAAGCUGUGAUAGAAGUCAUCUCUAAAACAUCAGAGUACCUGCAGCCUAAUCCAGCAUCUCGUGCAAAGCUCUCUAUGUUGAACACCAUGUCUAAGAUUAGAGGGCAGGUGAAGAGUCCAGGUUAUCCACAGGCAGAGGGGCUGCUGGGAGAAUGCAUGGCAAAGUUUGGCAGAGAACUCGGAGAGGACACAAACUUUGGUGGUGCUCUAGUUGAUGUUGGUGAAAGUAUGAAGAGGCUAGCAGAGGUGAAGGAUUCAUUGGACAUUGAUGUCAAACAGAAUUUCAUCGACCCUUUACAAGGCCUGGCUGACAAGGACUUGAGAGAAAUACAGCACCAUUUGAAAAAGCUCGAAGGACGCAGGCUGGAUUAUGACUAUAAGAAGAAACGUCAGGGGAAAAUUCCAGAUGAAGAGGUCAGGCAGUCUCUGGAGAAAUUCCAUGAAUCUAAGGAGGUGGCUGAGAUCAGCAUGUACAAUCUUCUGGAAACUGAUAUUGAGCAGGUGAGCCAGCUGUCGUCACUGGUUGAGUCUCAACUGCAGUACCACAGGCAGGCUGUUCAGGUCCUGGAUGAGCUCUCUGACAAACUCCGAGACAGGAUGAAAGAAGCUCAGUCACGUCCUCGUAAAGAGUAUGUGCCCAAGCCCAAGCCUGUAAUUGACUUUGGAGACACAAACGAACAGUCAAACGGUGGCUUCACCCCAACAUCUGCUCCACCCAUGCGCAAUGCAGCAGCUGAGCAGCCGUGCUGUAAAGCGCUCUAUGACUUCGAUCCGGAGAACGAAGGCGAAUUGGGCUUCCACGAGGGUGACAUCAUCACUCUGACCAAUCAGAUCGAUGAAAACUGGUAUGAAGGCAUGCUGCGUGGCCAAUCCGGAUUCUUCCCUCUCAACUACGUGGAGGUGAUCGUUCCUCUGCCACACUAAGAGGUCUUCGUUGAGGAAAAGAGGGGGAGAGAGAGAAAGAGCGAUAAAAAAGUGAAAGGGAGAAAGCUGGAGGGAAGUGAGGGAGGGAGAAAGGAACCAGUUGAAGUCAUCUUGGUCUUCAUCCUCACCACAUUGUUGCCGUUGAUCCAAAUGUACCUGUACUCUGGCACUUUUACACAUUGAUUUAUUUUUUGAAGGAGGGAACUUUGGGAAAUGAUGACCUUUCACAUUCCAGGACUGACUGACUGACCGGUUGACUGACAUAUGGACGGUAUAACCUGGUGCUUAAGCUAAAAUUUCAGACACACUAACUCGCUUCAUUGUCCAGGUCUUUUAAUAAUGUCUCAUACUGUUUGUGCUGCAUUAACUGAAAAGAAAUGACUACAGACUAUGAUGUCCCUGUGAUAAAAUUAUCAUGCUUUUAAAUAGUAGACAGGCUAUUCAUAAUCAGUACAAAUUCUCAAUUGUUGGAUUGUGAAAAGUUGCGUUUUGACUCGACUGGUCCCCUUACUGUCCCUGCUGGUCAGGCUGCAACAUUGACCUUCCUCAGAUUAAGGUGAAACUGCCUUGUAUCUGUGAUGAGCACUGUGGGACUGUGCGUACAGUGUCCCAAUGUGCAGCAAUCCUGAGCCACAGACCUGUAGAGAGGAAUUAGUCCUUUUGUACGCUCCAUAAUUUUAACAUUUUUCUAUAGCUAUUUGUCAUCUAAUAUUUUUUCAUGUAUAUUUUUUACAAGAUAAUAGAAAUUAGACGCUGAAUUGCACCUUGCAUUAUGUCGUAAAGGUGAGCUAAAACACCUAAGGGAUGUGUUGCGUCAGGUAGAGAGGGUUUUACUGCACUACAACUGUUUUGAAACACUUUGCACCCCCUUUCAACUUCUAACUCACUAAGGGCGGCAAACAAACCAUUUACACACUGUUUUCUGAAGGAAACGGCCAAAUAGUUAUUUAAAUGGAAAUGCCUUCUUCCAGCAGCCUGAAUAAUGGAGUCUUCCUCUCUCUUUCUCCUCUUUUGAUGUCAGUUUAUGGUAGUCUCUACAUCUGAUGCUGCUGGCAGUGUCCCAUUAUUUCAGGUGUGUAUAUGUGGGCGUGUUUAGGGUGGAUGUUUGCUCAUAAGCCCCAUAUUAAAGUCUAAUUAACACAGAAUAUUUUGACAUUAAAAAAUAAAUCUUCCCAUCUUCAGAAAUGAAGGGAUGGUGCUACAUAUCUUGCUCUCCCCCAUCAUUGGCAAUGUAUUUUUAGAGCUUUAAAAGUGGUUGAAGAUCUAUUUUCUUCAUUACUCAUUGUUUUUAGGAUGUUUUUUCAAAUACUGAACCAUCACACUCCAUAAAAGCAUGGACCUACACGCCAUCCACCCCGACUCCAAGUCCGGUCUGGAUAGAGCACCUCUGUGUCCUUUUCCGCUCAACAUCGGUUUACAUGUCUUGUCCACGGUUUGUUUUGCUCACCGUAACAGACCGUUGUAGAUGUGCUGAAGCAGACAGGCUACGAUCACUGUUUCAAUGUGAAAAAAUAGUUUUAGUGCCUUUUCAAUGGCAAGAAUGGAUCUAGAAAACCAAACAAAACAAUUAUGAUUUUCGAGCUAAUAUGUAGUUUUUGUCUGUCCUUUUUCUUUGUUUACAAAGGGCUUGUUGGUUUCAGUAUUUGGCAUGAGCUGUGACCAGAUGUACUUUCCAACACUACAACUUUUAAGAAAACAAAUGUGUUAUUUCAGUCUAAUCGAAUGAGGGUACCAGAAUGAUUUUCAUAAAAAUAAAUAAUUCUGGUACUGUUCUUUUUAGUAUUAUAUAUAUUUUUUUUAUAUGCAUACAAAACCAUUCAACCUUUUUAUUAAUGAUUUUUGCAUGUUAGUUUAAUAGCAGGCUGAUGUAUGUUGUAGUUUUAAAGUCUCUUGUAUGUUUCAGAUUUAACUGCAUUAUAUUGUUAUUCUUAAAUAUCCCAAACCCUAAAUAUUUGUAUCUUAUUGUGUCCACUCGUCUUUAAGUAAAUAAAUUCAAGAAAGUACUCCAUUUGUUUUACUUGUGUAUGGUAUCUGUAUCCGUUUCUUUAAUUGUAUGGUAAGAAAAACAUUGUUACGAGGUUAGAAGCCAGAAGCAAAUGGAAUCGGCACAUUUCAUUUGUUCCAGUGUAUAUUUUAAGGUAUUCAGCAGGUAAAAGGCAUUGUUCCCAUAUUGCGUAGUCAACAUGGCACGAAUCUAACCACACAAACGGAUAAAUACUAGCCAAAAGAGAGAGAACUCAAAGUACCCAUCUUCUUCUCUUUCCUAACUACCCACCAAACGUUUCUACCACAGAGGAAGACAAGUUUCACAGCACAGAUAUGGCAGAA